UACCUCUUAAUAGUCCCCGUUUUAUCUCUUUUUAUUUUCCCCCCCCCUUCCCCAUCCUCUGCCCAGGUGACGGGCGUACCGAAAAGAAUCGCUGCGUCUGAUCCCUUUCCCUGGUUCGUCCCUUGAAAUAAGGAAAGGGGCCAGCCGCGCUUUUAUUUUUCGUCAUCCCCGUCCCCCGUCCCCCGACAUCAACUAACGCGGCUCUUUUCAUCUGAUUGUUUCUUAAGCGGCUACUUACCUACACUUACAUAUAUACCCUCGACCUUAGGUAUCCGCUUUGAAUCUUGCUAAAGCUUACUGCUUACUUGCUUGACCUUAUCUCUCGUUAACAUUUUGGAGCAAUACUCAACUCGACCAUAAAAGAAUAAAAAAACAUUUGCCAUCCGCCACUUGGAUGACAAUAUCUCCACCACCACACAUCAGCUAAAAAAUAAUUAUUCCAGCCGCUGCUUUGUCGUUUGGCGCCUCUGAUGCGCCUUUCGUGAAAUCUUUAGCUUCAGGCUAGCUUGGAGCUUAAGCUGAAGCUAUCUCCAAAAUCCAAAGGAGAGAAGAAAAAAAAAACCCCCCGACAAUAUGCCUCCAUCGAGACAAGGCCGUUAUCAACCUGCCCGGGAAUUCCACGUUGUUGUACUAGGUGCAGGUGGUGUCGGGAAGAGCUGUCUUACAGCUCAGUUUGUCCACAACGAGUGGAUUGAGAGUUAUGACCCAACCAUUGAAGAUUCGUAUCGAACCCAGGUGGCUGUCGAUGGUCGUCAGGUAGUUCUGGAGAUCUUGGACACUGCAGGCACUGAGCAAUUCGUUGCUAUGAGGGAUCUGUACAUGAAAACUGGUCAAGGGUUCUUACUAGUCUAUAGUAUCACCUCAAGUUCGUCAUUAACUGAACUGGCGGGGCUCCGUGACGAGAUCAUCCGUAUCAAAGACGACGCGACCGUGCCAAUUGUUAUCUGUGGAAACAAGGCCGAUCUAGAAGACCAGCGGUCCGUGCCACGCACCAGAGGCUUCCAAAUCUCGGAGAGAUGGGGUGCGCCAUACUACGAAGCCAGUGCUCGGACGAGGACAAAUGUCGACGAAGUAUUUGUCGACCUAUGUCGACAAAUGCUACGAAAAUAUGACACGACGGAGCCUUACGCCGAGGAUCAAGACAAGUUUGAUCCAUACUCCAUAUCCUCCUAUAAGAAACGAAGACGGAGAAAAGAUGGGGAGCGACACAGACCUAGAUGUGUCAUACUGUGAUUUCUCUAACUAAGAGCUUUCACUCAUAUGCUUACGAUGGAUUUAAGUGAAAGCUUUAUAUGAGAACUCAGUUUCACCCGGGCGUGCAAUUACUAAUGUUGGGACGCCUUUUCGAAUUAUAGAACAGCUACCGGUUUAAGUGCGAAUAGUCUACACCAUGGAAACCUAGGCGUUCGUGUUGGCAACUUGAAAUGAGGGCAACGAGACUCUCUAAUGGAUUUGAGAUAGGGUUUACAGUUUCAUAUUUUUGUUGCUGUUACGCAGUGA